AUGACUUUCUCCGCGAAAUUAUUGGCUGCGGCCCUGUCAUAUACUGCCAGUGUUGCUUCUGUGAACUCGUACCACCUCGCAGAAUCUUAUGACUAUACAAACUUUUUCGAGAAGUUUAACUUUUGGGAGAGCAAAUUCGAUACGGGCAAUUACAACGACGUUGAUCCAACCAGCGGCUUUGUCAACUACAGAAAUGAGUUAGACGCGGCGGCACUGGGGCUGAUUGCAACCCAGGGCACCGAGAUGUUUCUGGGGGUUAAUCAUCGGGACAUAUUCAACGCCAGCGAUAAGGGACGAGACAGCGUCCGAUUGGAAAGCAAAAACUCGUACAACCAUGGCCUCUUCAUUGCAGACUUCACACAUUUCCCUAAACCAACUUGUGGAGUCUGGCCUGCCUUUUGGGCGUAUGGAGAUGUUUGGCCAAAUGUUGGAGAAAUUGAUAUCUACGAAGAGUGGAACACAGCUGAGUCGAAUGCGAUCACGCUCCAUACCGGCAACUCGACCUUGAACGGAACCUGUACCAUCAACCAAGCCGACAUGCUUGACAAUGUCACCACCUUCAACUGCGACGUUUACUACUCUGACGAGAACCAAGGCGAAAACCAAGGCUGUAGCACAGUCGAGGAUUUAGGUCAAUGGGGCGCUGCUGCGGGUGGUAUUUAUGCCAUGGAAUGGACCAGCAAGGCCGUCAAAAUCUGGAGCUGGAGCCAUGUCGAGGCACCAAUGGACAUCUUUGCUGGAGAGCCGAACCCAGACACAUGGGGACUGCCGCACUUCUCUGCCGGUGGUUCCUCCUGCAAGCUUGAUGACCACCUUGCCAACCAGAGACUUGUGCUGAACAUUGACUUCUGCGGCGUUACAGCUGGCAACCCCGAUAUCUGGGGCCCACAAUGUGCAGCUGCUACCGGAUAUGAGACUUGCAUCGACUAUGUAGCACACAACCCAGACGUCUUCGCCGAUGCAUUCUGGAGGAUUAAGGAUAUCAAGGUUUACGAACGCCCAGACCUUCCGUCGAACUCGACCAACACCACCGCCAUUUACAAUAGACGAGCCGGUUAUGCUCGCCUGUAG